UGACGUCAUGCGUCCGACAAGGGUGACGUAGCAACUCAGUUUCACUCAGCGUUACAAAUAAACCGUGCGCCUUCACGCUUCGCUCGAGCUCAAGCUCUUUGUCCUCUGACUUCAGUGAGAUGUGCUGUGAUUGAAGGAGCCGCCCUGCUGUUACACACACACUCACACACACGCACACACUCGCCGUGGGAUCUCACACACACACACACACACACACACUGGUCUCAGUAUGCUGGCUCUCCUGUUGUGUGCUGUGCUGGCGGUUCACGCUGAUGCUCUUGACGUCCGUGUCCCAGAAUCCCCUGUGGUGGCUCUGUUCGGGACAGACGUGGUUCUCAACUGCUCUUUCUCAGGCGUCUCAAAGUUUAAUCUGUCUGACAUGAGUGUGUUCUGGCAGCUCUCGGACACCCAGCGCACCGUUCACAGCUUCUCACAGAGCCGCGAUCAGCUGAUUGAACAGGAGGAGCGCUUCUCCAACCGCACCAGCCUGUUCCCAGACCAGCUUCCGGCCGGGAACGCCUCACUGCUGCUGAGGAGAGUGCGUGUGUCCGAUGAGGGAAGCUACACGUGUUUCGUCAGGGUUCAGACGUACGGCAGAGGAGCCAUGCUGAUGCAGGUCGCAGCUCCGUUCUCCAAGCCGCUGGUCACCUGGGGCCAAGAGUCGGCCCUGAAGCCCGGUGAUGCGGUGGCCCUCAGCUGCGAGGCGUACGGAGGUUAUCCUGAAGCACAGGUGCUGUGGCAGGAUGGGGCCGGACGCAAUCUGACCGACAACAUUACCAUCUCACAGGUGGCCAACGAGAAGGGUCUGUUCAGCGUGAAGAGCGUCCUGACGGUGAUCCUGGAGCCCAACAGCACUUACAGCUGCAGACUGAUCCACCCGCUGCUGGGAGAAGAAGGACAGGCGUCUGUCACCAUCAGCGGUCAGGCUCUGGGCUUCCCUCCGCUGGCGCUGUGGCUGACCGUGGCUCUGGCCGUGUGUUUGCUGGCUCUGCUGGUGGCUCUGACCGUCGUCUGUCGCAGGAAGAUCAGAGAGAGCUGCGAGGAGAUGAGAGCAGAGGAAGAAGCCAAAGAACUCGAGGAAGCCAAAGAAUUAGAAGAAGCCAAAUCAUCAGCUGCAACACCUCUAAAGAGCUAAAGCUGGAGACCACAGGUCGAGGCUGGACCAUCAGUGAUUGAUAUGAGAAGGAAACAUCUGUCCGAUUCAGCUUGAUUUCAGAAGGGAUUCAAACAUGAAGGGAUUUCACGCACGGAUAGUAAAACUUUACAUGUUGAUGUAUCAUGUGAAUCCCGUGUGCAUGAGGGAAAGCGUAUGAUGACUGACUGACUACACGUUACACGACUGACCCGCUGAUCUCCAACACCUGCCCGUCUCUUGUCAAACUCCCAGCGUCCCGUCUCACGUCCGUCGACUCAAACACAGCCAGCUGAAACUCAUCACACAUUGUGUUUUAGAAAUCCAGUUUUUUUAUGAUAUUGUCAAGUACUUUGAAUAUUGCGCAUACAGUAUAUGACCAUGGACCAUGAAACCAGUCUUAAGUGCCAAUUUUUAGAAAAUGAGAUUUAUACAUAAUCUGAAAGCUGAAUAAAUAAUCUCUCCAUUGAUGUGUGGUUUAUUAGGAUCGGACAAUAUUUGGCCGAGAUACAACUAUUUGAAAAUCUGGAAUCUGAGGUUGUUCAAAUGAAUUCUUAGCAAUGCAUAUUACUAAUCAAAAAUGUAGGACAUUUACAAAAUAUCUUCAUGGAACAUGAUCUUUACUGAAAAUCCUAAUGAUUUUUGGCAUAAAAGAAAAAUCUAUAAUUUUUGACCCCUACAAUGUAUUUUUGGCUGUUUCUACAGAUACACCCCAGAUUCUUAAGACUGGUCUUGUGCUCCAGGGAAACAUAUUGGAAUUCCAAAUCUGUCAAAAUAAUUGGAGGCCUUAUUGCAAACAUGCUGUGCCUGUCUUUUGCACAUGUAUAAAUUAAAAUGGUUUUCACUCCUA